AUGACUUAUUCAUAUAGGUUUAUUAUAAUAGCUUUCCUAAUACUAUUUUCUUUAUUACAAGUACAUUGUGCUGACAAAUGCAUAGAAUAUAGAACUUAUAAUGAUUGUAUUAGAAGUAUAGAUGACUAAUGUAUAAAUCCUCAAUAUUAAUAAUAGGUAUUUGGGACUAUGAUGCUUGUUAUUAUACAAAAAAUCUAGAACUUGGUUGUUCUGACUUGCUGAACAAGAAAGCAUGUAAUAAAUAGUUGGCUUAUGCUUCAGGAGAAUUAGCCAAAUGUAAAAUAAAUUUUUUCUCUUAGGUAUUUUUACAUCGAAGUGUUAACCAAUACAGGAUUUGAGUUAGGUUAAUUGUUAGGAUAGUCUUUCUAAACAUGGAUGCAUGUCAAUUCAAAAAACGUCAGAGCUUUGUGAAUGGAAUGAAAAGACAUACACUUGUGAUUAUGUUUCUCAAAUGGAUAAUUUCUAAGACUUUUAAGAUAAAUUAUAUAGUGCAUCAAUUUGUGGAAGGAUUGAAAGUACACUUAGUAAUUAAUUAGAUUAUCUCAUUAUCCACCAUACAUUAUUAUGGACACUUACUCAAUAUAAACCAAAUUUUGUUUUAGAAUCAGAACGUCUUUAUAGAAAAGAUUUAGGAUUAUAAGUAGAGGCUGAUAAUAAAAUAUAUGAAACUGGAACUUUAAAAAAUAACUUUGUAAACUCUGGUGGUUACUUUUAAUGGUAUGAAUUGGGUCAACCACUUGGAAGUGGAUUAAGCAAUUGUAAAAUAUAAUCUAAAAAUAGUGAAAAUUAGUGACAGAUAACGAGAAGGUUGUAUAGCAUUAGAAAUAGUUGAUGAUAGUGAUUAUUAAAUGAUAUUCUCUUCAAAAAUUUAAGAGGUAGGGGUCAAUCAUAUUUAUUGCAGAUAUAUUAAAGGUAUAUUUACUCAUUAAAGAUGCCUUCUGAUAUCUGAUGAAUUAUAAUUACAAAAUGAACAAUUUAUAGCAAAAAAUUCUAUUCUUUGUAGAUAUAUUGAUAGAAAUAGAUGUACAUAUAUUAACUUAAAUUGUAUUCCAUAACCAUUAAAUUCUGAUGGACAAGAAAAAGAAUUUACUUGUCUUGAAGGUUUAAAUAACUAAAAGAGCUCUUGUAUUUCAGAAUCCUCAGAUUCUUUUAGAAAAUGUAAGGGUUUAACUCAAGAUUAAGGAUGUUAUUUGAAUACUUUAUUAAAUCCUCCUGUUUGUAGUUAAGAAUGUAUCACAAAUCAAGAAAGUCUUUGUAAUAUUGACAAUUGUAAUUGGACUCAAGAAUCAAAUAACUUUAUUGGAUGCGUUCCAAAAUUAGGAUGUAAAUAACCAGGCAUAAAUAAAUAUUAUUGUGUUAAUAUGAGACUUUUAUGUUCUUGGGAUGAAACAUAAAAAUAAUGUAGAGAACUUUAAGAUUAUUAACUAAAUAUUUUGAAUUGUGAGGCUGUAAUUUCAAAAUUUUCAUGCGGAUCUAUACAAAAAAUGGGGUAAGAAUGUAUAUGGCUUGAUGAUGACGGUAAAUGCAUAAACGUGUUAUCAGAUCCAAAAUUAAAAUUAUUUAAAUCCCUUCCAAAAUCAAUGAUUGUAAGUAGAUAAUUAUGUAUGUAUUCAGCAGGUAAGAGAAAAUAUACUAAUUUAAUUUGUGAAUAAUAUUAAACAGAUAAAACUUGUGAAACUGAGGAUAGCAGUUCUUUUAACUAGGAAUUAUGUUUAACAACUCCAAAAUGUUAGUGGGAUGUAUUAUAUGAAGUUUGCAAAUUGUUAGUACCUCAAAAUAAUUGUGAUGCUUUAAUCAAUGUUUCAGCUUCUGCAUGUGCAACUUUUAUGAAUUGUAAAUACAAUUUUCAAACAAAGAGUUGUCAAACAUAAUCCACUAAUUUAACAUGUGAUGAUCAGGGAAUAAAAAAAGAAAUUUGUCUUGGUUUAUCUAAUUAACCAUGUAAAUGGAGUAAUGGAUUUUGUUAAUAAGUGACAUCAUUUAAUCAAUAUUGCACUUCAUACAAUAAUGUAUCUUAAAAAGUUUGUGUAUUAUAAUCAACUGAAAAAUGUUAAUUUUUUUAAAACAAAUGUAUUUUAGUAGCAGUUGCCCCAACUACUUGUGAAUCCUAUUUUAAUAAAUAUACAUGUUAGUUUAGCACAGAAGCUUGCUAUUUUGCUGGAGAUUCCUGCUAAAUAUUAAUAUCAUCUAAUUAUGAAUCUUUGACUUGUGAAGGUUUUUAUCUUAGUAAAAAGGCAUGUUAAUAAAUUACAAAACCUAAUGAAAGGUGUUCAUGGGAUGGAGAAAAAUGUGUUUAUUUUAAAUCUACUUAACGUUAUAAUUGUAUGGCUAAUACAUCAAUUAGUUAGGCAGGUUGUAUUAGUAUUAUAUCCCCUGUUCCAAGAUAAUCAUUAGAUGAAUAUUAUUGUGUUUAUAAAUUUCCAGAUAGGAUAUGUGCUUCUAUUGCCUCUUCUACAACUAUAGCAGAUUGUGGAAAUGCAAAUUUAUUAUUAAAUCAAUAAACUUGUUCUUAACUUACAAGUGGAAAUUGUAUAUUUGUUGAUUAAUAAUGUAAGAGCGAGCCUACAGACUCAUCAAAAAGUCGGUAUUGGAAUCAUCAUUUAAAAACAAUAAGUUGUGAUUACGCUAAUAAAAACACUUGUUAAAAAGUGAAAAAUAGUAUCUGUUAGGUUAAUUCAAAUUUUUGUUUGAUGGUAAUGGAACCAAAACUUAUUUGCUCAUUUCCAGCGAAUAUCUCAACAUACAAUCCAACUUAAUACUGUGCUAAUUCGCUUUACAGCGACAACACUUACUCAACUGAAGUUAGAUGUAAAAUUAAUAGUGCUCAAAAUAAUUGUGAGGUGCCAUCAAAUACUAAUUACUACAGUUGUGAUGAACCAGGAAUUAAUAUAAAAAUUUGUUUUGAAGCAACUUAUGGUUAAUGUGCUUUUAUAAAUGGUAAAUGUACGUCUGAUCUAAGUUAAGUAUCUUCAUGUAAAUAACUUAAUAAGCUGGCUUGCUUAAAUAUGAAUAUGUUAUGCGGUUAUUUUGCGGAUAUAUGUAUUCCAAAUAGUACUUCAUCCUUAUGUCCUGCUUCUAUAACAAAUACUUCAUGGUUUCUAUGUUCAAGCAUUUAGAAUUGUUAUGGCAUAUUAAAUAGUUGUAAAUAAAUGACAACUACUAUAAAUUUAAAAUGUGAAACCCCUGGAAUUGGAAGAUCAGUUUGUGAAAAAUCUUUAUAAAAUUGCUCUUUUAUUAAUGGUGUUUGCAAAACUAUUUCAAAGAAUAAAUGUGAAUUUGAGUAUACAAAAGAAGAUUGUAUCAAUAAUCUAUAUUAUAACUGUGUUUAUGAUAAAGGAUAAUGUUAUACAUAAAAUUUAUAAGUUAAAUGUGAUAAAUACGAUUUGACAAAUUAUAAUUUUUGUAGAUAAUUUCCGUAUUGUCAAUAUAUUAAUAAUAAAUGCAAAGAUUUUAGUUUGCUCAGUCAAAUUUAAAAUGAUAAAAUAGUUUAUACAAUAAAUUGUAAUGUAUUUUAAAAUUAAUUUGAUUGUUUAAGUUAAUGGUAAGUAAUAUGUAGUUAUAAUUAAAAUUUAGGAUGUUAAAAUACAAAUAAUAAUCCAAAUUAAUGUCCACAUUAAAUGUAAUAUAGUAAAAUGAUGUGUUAAAAAUAUGAAAAUUGUGAUUUUUAAUUUGGAUAUUUUUGUAUUGAUAAAACAUAAAGUUUAAGUUGUUCUGGAUUAUCAAAUUAAUUAUGUUUAUAAGAUAUAUCAGAUUCAUUAGCUUGUUAUUGGGAUGGUACUAAUUGUUAAGAUGUAACUACUUAAAUUUGUUAAGAUGUUUAAUCUUAUACUAUUAAUUAUUCUGGAUGUAUUAAAAUAAGUAAUUAAGAUAAUUAAAAAUGUAUGUAUUAAUAAUCAACUUCUAAAUGUAAAAUAUUAAAAGAAACUAAUAAUUGUUCUGAUUUUACUACUAAUAUUGAAUGUGCUAUUAGAGCUAAUGUUUCUUGUUUAUUAGGAAAUCCUAAUGAUUCAACUACUACUUGUACUUCUUCAAGUAUUUUUGAUGCAAAUUUAAAUCUAUAUGGAUGUACUUAAUUAACAGGAAAUACUUAUUAUUAUGAUAUUUAUAAUUAUAAAUGUGGAUUACUUAAUACAGCAAAUUAUGUAAAUGUUUAAGGAUGUCAAUAUUUAAAUAAAUAAAGUUGUAUUGAAAUAACAAGUGAUAUCUUAAAUAUCAAUUGUGGAUGGAUAGAUAAUUAAUGUUAAUAAUUAAUAGAUCUUACAAAUUUAAAUGAUUGUAGUUUAUUAAAUAAAUAUGCUUGUAUUAAUAUAGAAAAUUCAAAUCUUGUUUGCGAAUGGAACGUUUCAACACGUACUUGUUCAUAAUCAACUCAAACUAGUUGUUAUGUUCCUGCAUCAAUUCCAACAAAUCCUUCAGUUUUAUAUUCAUUAAGUUUAUGUAGUAAGGGAAGUAAUGCUAAUGCUUGUAUGGCUAAUUCAUCAAAUACAGGAUGUAUUACAUUUAGUUAUACAAUUGAAAUUUGUGAAAAUAUGGGAUUAAAUAAAAAAGCAUGUUUAGAAUAAACAACAGGAUAUUGUAAAUGGUAAAAUAAUUAAUGUUAAAAUUCAUAAUUAGAUAAUUUGAAUUGUAAUUCUGAAGUAAAUAAAAAUACUUGUUUAGCUAUUAAUGAUAAUUUAUGUUAAUGGAAUGAUACAACUAAAACAUGUUCUAUUAAACCAUUAAUAUAAUGUUCUGAUGCUAUUAAUUAUAAUUAAUGUAUGAAUGUACCAAAUUAAUUUUGUGAAUUUACUGAUUUUAAAUGUAGUUCGCUUGAUUUAGUUUAACCAAUUUGUAAAACUGGGUAUAAUAAAUUUNCAAUAAAUUGUAAUGUAUUUUAAAAUUAAUUUGAUUGUUUAAGUUAAUGGUAAGUAAUAUGUAGUUAUAAUUAAAAUUUAGGAUGUUAAAAUACAAAUAAUAAUCCAAAUUAAUGUCCACAUUAAAUGUAAUAUAGUAAAAUGAUGUGUUAAAAAUAUGA